AUGACCGUAUAUGUGUCCGACCGCUUAACUCGACUACAAGUUAAAAUUCCCUCUUUACCCAUCCCUUCCACACAGUGUGGAUCUCCUGCAGCUUCAGUCUUUCUAUCUUCCUCAGAUACACCACAUUCUCAUGGGGAGCAGCCUAACUCACAGGUCUCAGCCAAGCACACACUAGAUCAGCCAUGUAAUCUCACGAAAAUGAGAGUUGGGGAUAGUCACAACGAAACGGGGCUCAUUUCUACCAGCCUUAAUGAAACCCUUACACCUAAAUCUGAAGUUUUGACUUUGCAGACUGCUCUGGCAUCACAGAUUACUAAUGAAUUAACUCAAGAAACAAUUCAAUCUGUAACUGACGAAUCAUCCUCGGUUCCUUGCUACCGUUGCCUUUUUCCUAAACCUCCUCCUUCAAGUGCUGUCGAGGGCUGCUCUGAGGCUGGAGUUCUGGGUGUUGAAGUCCACGCUGGUCGCCUUUUUGUACUUGACGUUGGCCGCAACCUUACUCGGUCCAUCCAGCUUCGAGGUCGUCGCCCUGACUGUUCCAUCUGUCCCCGAACUGUUCUAUCUUAUCUUAAUCAAGAGCAACACGAAGAAAUAGCUCGUCGGAGAAUCGCUGAUACGAAUUACACGCUAUUUUGUGGAUCUGCAGAUCAUGACAGAGUUGGUUUUCUCAGUCUCCAUUAUAUUUGCUUGAUACAUAAAUAA